AUGGCGGCGCCGCCGCUGCCGGUGGCGGAGCCGCUGCCGGGGGACCCGGCCGAGCCCAACCCCUUCUCUUUCCGCGAGUUCGUCCGCUCCAAAUCCCGCGGCGGUGACGGCCCGGGCGGUGACACACAGGCGGCUUGGCCCGGGCCCGUCGUGCCCCCGCUGCCCGCAGUGUCGGGGGACGAGCAGGAGGAAGAGGAGGAGGAGUGGAGCGAGAGCUACCAGCCGCUGGCUGUGGAGCAGGCCCACCUGGUGACGCUCGGAGCCGCCCCGGGGCCGGCCCGCGGUCCCUCCCGGCAGCCGAGCUACGAGCAGCUAAAAGAAGAGAAUGCUCUUUUGAGAAGCAAGAUCAAUAAGCUUCAGAUUCUGUCUGAAACUCAAGCAGACAAGAUGAGGAAGCUUGAGAAGAAGCUUGAGGAAAACAAAAUCAAAGAAGAAAAGGAAGCACAGGAUUUGGAAGCAAUGGUGCAGCACGUGGAGCAGAAUCUCCAGCUGAUGACUAAACGGGCUGCCAAAGCUGAGAACAGCGCUGCCAAACUGAGACAGGAAAAUGCACAGCUCCAGGCUGAGCUGAGGAAUUCCAGGCUGGAGAAUGAGGCACUGCGGGCAGGCCAGGCAGGGUUGGCUGCAGCCAAGCAGAACGCAGAGGUGGCCCUGCAGCACCUGCUCCAGGUCACAACCAGCUCCCGAGCAUCCAUCAGGCAGCUGCUCUCUGGAGCAGAAUCCCUGCAGCUCGUCGCUGAUCUCCUGAAAUCCAUAGACAGAAUCGCUGAGGUGUCAGAGGAUGGACAGUGACUCACACAACACGGAGGACUUUGUUUUCAUAUGGAAACCAUUACUAAAAAGUGAAUUUUUGAUACUUGGCCUCA